GACCACAGUGUUGGAGGCAGUCGCAAAGGUCUAAACAAUGGCAUCAGGCGAGUCACUGUGCUCCUGCGGUCAGCCAUAUGAUAACUCCAAGUUUAUGAUACAGUGUGAUAUCUGCAAGGAUUGGCUUCAUGGAAUAUGCGUUGGUCUUCGUGAACACCAAAGCGUGGAUAUUGACAAGUACCACUGCCCACGGUGUGAGCUCAUGUGCGGCCCCUCAAUAUACAAGCAAAGGACGAACUGGCACCGGCAUGACCCCUACGAGCUGAACGCCGAUGCAAAACCGGUUCAAACUGGAACUCCCAUAUUCAUCAAAGAGCUCCGCUCCCGCCACUUCGAAAGCGCUGAUGACGUCAUCGUUCGACUGCGCGGUCAGCAGUUGACGUUGCCGUACCUGGCCCAGCACGGCUGGGACCGGCCCAUCUUGCUCGACUCACUGGAGGGGCUGGGCAUGCAGCUGCCGCCCGCCAACGCCUUCACCGUCCACGACGUGGAGAACUACGUGGGCUCGGAGCGCGAGGUGGACGUGAUCGACGUCAGCCGGCAGCGCGACAUACACAUCAGCAUGCACGACCUCGCCGAGUACUUCAGCAGCCGGCAGCGUGCAGAGACGCUCAACUGCAUCAGCCUCGAGUUCAGCGGCACCGGGCUGUCAGCGCUGGUCGAAGCGCCCUACAUCGUGCGCAAGCUGUGCUGGGUGACCACGCUGUGGCCGACACCGUCGCCGGAGGGCGUGGAGAAGCCCACUGUCACCAAGUACGCGCUCAUCAGCGCCGCCGACUCCUACACAGACUUCCACGUGGACUUUGGCGGCACGUCCGUCUGGUACCACGUCCUUCAGGGCGAGAAGAUCUUCUACCUCAUCCGACCGACGGCCUCCAACCUGACAUUGGUACCAGCGUUGGCUGAGCUCCACUCACGCAACUCCACCUUCUUCGGUGACCAGGUGGACGCCUGUCACCGGCUGUCACUGAGGUCCGGCCAGACGCUGCUCAUCCCGUCCGGCUGGAUCCACGCCGUGUACACGCCGCAGGACUCGCUCGUGUUCGGCGGCAACUUUCUCUGCAGCCUGAACGUUCCGCUACAGAUCAGGGUGUACGAGCUGGAGAAGAAGUCGCGCACACCGCUCAAGUUCCGCUUCCCGUCGUUCGAGACGUGCCACUGGCUGGGCAGCCGGCGACUGGUUGAGGAGAUGCGCGACUACGGCGACGCUAACCAGCGCUGCCCGGCCCACCUGGUGCAGGCGGCGCGCGCGCUCGCCUCCGCCCUGCGCUCGUGGGCGCACGACGCCUCGUCGGCGCGGCGCGGUGUCGAGCCCGUUCCGGUCACCAUCAACGCCAGCAAGCUGAUCAAGCAGCUGAACAAGGAGCUGCGCCACGCCGAGAAGUACAGCGCGCAGACGCCGCAGCCGGCGCCGCCGCGGCCCGAGCGCCAGUCGCGCCGCCAGGUCAAGAAGCGGCCGCUCGACGACGACUUCAUCGACAUCUCAGAGCGCUCCGAGUUCGAGACGCUGCUGCAGGAGGCGCGGCCGCUGACGAUCGACGACUCGGCGCGCCGCUACGGCCGCAUCCGCUCCGUCUCCAUGGACAACCCGCUCAAGCUGCGCCUCUCCAUCGACGGCCGGCCGGACCCGGCGCCGGUGGCGAACGGCAUCGAUGAGCUGCUGCGCGCCUCGAGCCGCCGCGCGCGCUCCUACUCCUCUGACGACGAGGCGUACGGCACAGCGCAGGACGACGAGUUUGUGUACCCCUCCCUCGACACUUCAGAUGACGAGCACGUGUUCAAGCCGCGCGGCCGGCGCCGCGGCGCCGACGAGGCCUGGAACCCGAAGGCGCGCGUGCCGGUGGGCUCGGCGCGCUGA